AUGAUAUAAUAAAUCUUAGUCAGUAGUUUAGCAUUACUCUUCAUUCCAAUUAGUGCAGCUAAUUCCAAGAAAUGCCCUUAGUAUGUGUGCUCUGAUAAUGAGGUCUCAAAUGACGUUUGCGCCUACAAACUAAGAACUUUAGACUUUGAUGAAAAGAUCUAUAUCACUUCUUGCAAACCUGGCUUCUCCUGCCCAAUUGAAGAUAUUAAGAAUUCCGAUGUCACACAAGUUAAAUGCAAACCUACAGACAAAAAACUUCUAUUAGACUACAAUCACUAUGAAAAUGAGUAUCAUCUGAUCUCAUCCAGAAUGCUAAACUCAGAAUUGAGUUUUGAACAUCCUUUGCUAAGCCAAUCUAACAGUAAAACGUACUUACCAGGUGAAGCUUGCACUCAAAACUCAGACUGUUUCUCAAAUACAUGCACUACAAGCGGUGUGUGCAAUGGAAAGAAACAAGAUGAAGUCUGUGAUUAUGCCACCAAUGAAGAUAUAGAAUGUGAUGUUGGAUAUUAUUGCAAUAAAGAUAAAAAAUCAUGCUAGAAACAGGUAGAGGUUGGCGAAGCUUGCAGCGAUACAAUCAAAUGUGUGAAUUGGGGUGUGUGCAAUAAAGGAACCUGCUAUUAAAGAAGAUCUUUAAAUGCUUCAGCUGAGAUUGAGGGACCUAAAUACAGAGAUGUUUGCUACAACUUUUAUGCUGUGACUGAGGAGGAUGGAAAAACUUACUGCUCACCAGGACCAUACUUGAAUAACUCUCAUGUUUGCAAGAAUAUUGAUGACAAAUGUUAUUACUUUAGACUUGGCAAUGAAGAAGGUACUUCUCAUACUGUCACAGAGUCAGCAGAUUGCUAGUGUGGCUACGGAUAGAAAGGAAACGCAUAUUGCCCUUUCAAAGAAGGUGAUGAGUAAUUUACUAAGACUCUAGAUUUGGCUUACAAUUUCUGGAUUAGAAAGCCUAAAUGCCACAUCAGCAAUCCUCCAGGUUGUCAAGAAGCUAAAAAUACUAAGGGUUACUACACAAUUGUUGGGUCAAGACUUGAAUUACUCUAUGGUCAUGAACUCAUGGAUAACAGUGAAUGUUUUAAAUAAGUUGGAAAGCAUAACAGAUAUUGGAAUGAGGUCAGAACUAAGAUGGCUGAUGAGAUUUAAAAGGAAAGAGAUGACGACGCUGCAGUCCUAAAUCUUGGUCUUAGCAUUCUAUCAUUAGUUGGAAUUAUCGUCAUGAAUGUAUGA